AUGUCGGAAGAGAUUAAAAGAAGAAUUAUGGCUGCCAACCGAGCAUACUUUGAGAAUAUCAAACUUCUCAAAUCAAAACUGCUGUCGAAAACUACUAAGAUGAAACUAUAUAGAACACUUAUUCGACCUGUAGUCUGCUAUGGAGCUGAAACUUGGACAUUGUCAAAAGCAGAUUCCAACAGGUUUAAGAUAUUCGAAAGAAAAAUAAUAAGAAAAAUAUAUGGAGUAGUAAAUGAAGAGGGAAGAUGGAGGAUAUGGAGCAACAAUGAAAUAGAGUGGAUUUUAGAAAACAAAAACAUAGUUAAAUUUAUAAAGUCAGGCACUAUCAGAUGGUUGGGCCAUGUGGAAAGAAUCUAUGAGGAAAAAAUACCUAAACGCGUAAUGUUGGCAAGAAUGGAAGGAACCAGAAGACAAGGACGACCAAGGAGUAAAUAA